UCUUCCGGAAUAGUUGUCUUCUGUUUUACACAAUUUACAAAAUGCACGUCAGCACUUUAUUACUUCUGGUUUUGGUGGCAGCGGUGGGAUACUAUGUGGACGGCAAAAAUUGUUGUUUUCCAUCACGCUACAGGGUGAGCACCGUGGGUGGAAUCUUCUACGAUCCCGGUAGCAUAAAGCCCAGGCUCGAGAUCGCCGCUAUCGUUGCUCGGGACGCCGCGCGGAAUGUGGUGGGGACCAAGAGGAAAUCGGCCGAGGUGGAAACGGGCAAGAAAUGGGUCACCCGCAAGGUCAAGAAAUUUGACGCGAAAACACUGACUGCCAAAGUUUGGACAAUUCUCACCGUUGGGAACGAGACAACAUGCAGACUUGAUGUGGUACCAGGUGUCGACAACCCUUGCAUACCCGACAGUUUCACACGGCUGGAGCCGAUCUGGUACGGCAACCUUACCGGGGAGUCGCUCAUGAUUGAUCGCUACCAGCUGAAGUCCAUCGUGCCCAGAGACGGCUCGGACGAAUGGUUCGAAUACACAGUGUUCGUCGCCCCCAAGCCCGAUGGUACUUGCGUUCUCACCAAUGAAAUGAAAGAAUACACGACGCCAGAUGGUGUAGCCGGCUAUCUCCGUAACUAUGGCAACUUUAGCGUACCAAAGACCGAUGCUGGAUUUGCCGAUCUCUUCUACGUUCCGGAGGAUAUAUGCCCAAUGGAGCUCGAUGUCGCAGCACCCAAGAACCUGUUUGAAGAGUACCUGAAGAGCGAUAAUUGGAUGUUCUGAGGACUUCAUCUCUACGUAGUCAUGGUAUCAGCUUUGGCAGACUGCGACCGACAAUGUCUCAAACUGCACAUUUUUUUCAAUACCCGAAUGGUCUAUAGACGCUGAGAUGCCAGACCGACGUCAACGGGCAUCUCAUUGGACACUGUUUUAUAAGCGUUUUCCACUGUUUACAUUUUAAGAUGAAUUCCAAAGUUAAGUGAUGUCUCCUAUUGUCUUUAAUUGUUUAUGAAAAAAAGAUAAUUAUCACCCAGAUAAGUUAAUUACAGGGGUAAACACAAUUAGGCAAUUAUUACAAAAGUAAGGAGGAGUUUAAGCAACUUUUAGAGUAUCCAUCAGUUAUAAAGUCAACGGGAACCAAUAAGUGUACAAGUUGUGAAACUACACGUAAAUCGAAUCUAUGAAAAAAGGGUACUUUCCUUUUUGUUGUGUAAAAAGUGGGCAUUGAAGAAGUCCUGUACCUUUGCCCUUUCCGAUAUCCUGAAAAAUUUCUUUUCAGUGUCCAAGUAACUUUAAAUUGGUCAGUAGUUAUUGGUCGAUGAACAUAUUUUUCUCUAAUUUGCAGAACGACAUAUUCUUCUUGGUGUAGGACCGUUAAACUCGAAGGCAUCUUGUAAUGGUCAGUC